AUGUCUUUCAUCGACAUCAGAAAAUUUGUCUCCAUUAUGAAAGUCCUAGGUUAUUCUCAUACGAUAUCCAUGGACAGUUUUCGAAAGCCAAAUUUUGAGCUUGUAGCAGACUGCCUGCACUGGCUUAUGAUGAGGUAUGAUCCAACAAUCGAUCUAGACACCGACAUUUCCGUUGAAGCACGACGUGUAGCUUUUCUGAAGCGUGCAACCCAUUUAGUGCUUUCAGGACCCAGAUUGAAACUGAACCUCAGACGCUUAUACUCAGCAGACGGCUACGCUGUAAAGGAACUUCUGAAAGUCGCUCAACUGCUUCACAAUGCAACAAUGGCAGCUACUAACAAUGAGAAGGAAGGUGCCGAUUUCGGCCCAUCUCUGAAGCCUUUUGAUGUGAAAACUACAAGGCUCCUAGUUAGUGACAUCACAAGAUGUGGUGCCUCCCUCUACGCUGUCCUGGAAACUGAACCUGCUUUACAGGAAGCCAGGUCGAGGGCAACGAUGGUCAACACUGAUAUGGAUGAGAUUGAACGUGGUCUCAAAGAGGCAAUAACUGCAAUGCUUGAAAGUAUCUCAGCUUCUGAACAAGAGCAAAGUAGUUCUGAGAAGGAUGAAAAGGCCAUGGAGGCAAAAGUCGAGAAGCGCAAACUGGAACUCGAAAGAAGUGAAAAGAGACUAUCCACUCUACACAACGUUCGGCCUGCAUAUAUGGACAAAUACGAAGCUCUUCAAAAGGAUUUGCAUGACCUUUUCGUGACGUACUCGGAGAAGCACCGGAAUCUGCAGUGGCUACAGUCGCAAAUGGAGGAACACCGUCUUGCAGAACAGGAAAAAUUGGAGGAUACAGAUCGCCGCAUGCGCCGUCUCCAGCGCCGCUUACAUGAAGAGGAAUUAUGUAUACUCCGUGGAGAAGAGGUGAAUGGUUCCAUGGUCAGUGCGGGAAGCUCAGAAGAGUCAGAUGGGGAAGGGACAACAUUCUGGAAAUGGUUCGAUGGAAGCUCAUUCAAAUCAAUUCUUGAUCCCAGAGCGAAAGUGGAAGCUCGACCGGCAAACACAAAUGAUCGAAUGAUUAGAAAGGCACCUCCAGAAUGGAUCCAUCAUGUCAAACGGUUACCAGAAACACCCAGACAAGUAGUUUCCAACACUCAGAGCAGGGAGGUGAAUUCCGCAAAAAAUCGGGACCAGGUGAAGAACGGGGAUGAUACGAAACCCGGACCCCCUAGCACCCACCAAAUCUCUCCAAACGAAUCGGAUAUAUCUGGGGAUUUGGAAGAAGGUGAUGACGAACUCUUGGAUAUGGAUGGUUUGGAUCCCAAGGAUACUGCAGAAGAUGACAGCACCGAUGAUGACUUUUAGGAGGGAAUGUUACAGUUGAACAACAAUGCAUAUCUUAGGAAGAUACCAUGUUCCUCUUCGUGGGCUGUACAUGUGCAACAGGCUAAAGCAGGCACACUUUGUAAUCGAAGAAAAAAAAUCUGCACUGGAGGAAUUUUACAAGCAAAGAAGUUUCUGAUUUAAGCACAUGAAGGGCUGGUCAGUAGCUUUAUUCAAAGCUGGUUUGCGAAUAUCGGCUUUAGCAUCCGAGGAUAUAUAACAAGAGUUCAGUUCUUAUAUGCCUGACCACACCAUCAUGCUUAUACGCAAAGGACCUAAUGACAAACAAACCAAUCAGCUGAAGUAACACAUUGUGAUUUUCGCUUACUAAAUGGUAGUUUUUCUUAGUAAGUUGACUUUUUAAGUUGACACUGGCAUUGUUAUUUUGAAUCGCACCAAAAGAAAACACCACAUAACAUUCCAAAUCAUUGCUAUGGCCAACAACUUAUAUCUUG